GCGCUGAAAGACAGAGCGAGCGCAAAGUGACAAGACCUCCCCAUACCGCCAGAUAACAUCCACAACGAUAUAAGACAACAAAAGCCCAAGCAAUAGCAGAAAUAAGACGAGGAAAAGAAGGAAACGUCUGCUGCAGUUGAACCAGGGAUUGCCAUUGGAUCACUUUAUACCCGCACAUGUAAUGUCUUGCUCUUAAGGAUAAUCAUAUGCGCAAAAGCCGUUCCCUGGCCCGAAAGUCGCGCGUGCAGAGUGGGAAACUUUUUUGUUUGUUUUGUUUUGUCUGUGACGUUUUGGAAUUCGAUUUAUUAAACGUCGACUUUUCCGUUAUACUGUGGCGAAAAGGAGGACCAAUAUAGUGUGGAUUUUCUCCGGUUUCUUUUAUUUAUUAUUAUUUUAUUUUACUGCAACUGCUAUUAUUUAUAUUAUUAUAUUUUCUGGAGGAGCGCUAACGCUCAAGAAGUUCAUUUUAGUGGAUUCGACGCAGGUGCUUCGGUCCUGAAGGGCAGAAUGGAAUUGUUACUUUGACCCACGAUAUCACACGGUUCAUUCAUAUUCAUAUUCCGCUUUGAAUAGUUUUGAGAGCCAGAGACUCUUCAGUGACGCUCGCCGCAACACACCACUGGAAUUACAAUCAUGAACUUUGUUGUUUAUUCGCUACAAUUAUUUUUUGCGGCUCUCCUUCAUCUUUCUGCUGUAAAGGCUGCCCACAUACCCAAAGAAGGGGGCAAGAGCAAAAAUGAGGUGAUUCCCUUCAUGGAUGUGUAUAAAAAAAGUGCGUGUAAGACUCGAGAGAUGCUGGUAGACAUCAUUCGGGAGUAUCCUGACGAGAUCGAGCACACGUACAUCCCGUCCUGUGUGGUUCUCAUGCGCUGUGCAGGCUGCUGCAAUGACGAAGCGCUCGAGUGUGUCCCUACAGAGACCCGCAACGUCACCAUGGAGGUACUGCGAGUCAAACAUCGUGUAUCACAGCAUAAUUUUCAACUGAGUUUCACAGAACACACCAAGUGUGAAUGCAGGCAAAAGGAAGAAGUCAAAUCAAAGAAAGAAAACCACUGUGAGCCUUGCUCAGAGAGACGAAAGCGCUUGUAUGUGCAGGACCCCCUCACCUGUAAAUGUUCCUGCAAAUUCACACAAUUGCAAUGCAAGGCCAGACAACUUGAGUUAAAUGAAAGAACUUGCAGAUGUGAAAAACCAAGAUGAUGAGCGGAGCGCUGGGAAGAACACUGAAUGAAGGAUUUUAUUUUAUUUUUUACGGCACAGCACUUUUAAACCUGAGGAUGCAUUCCCUGGAUGAACUGUAAACACUACCCUGAACGAAAGACAGAGAAUGAAACGAGGGCAGGAGAUACCAUCCCAAUGUCUAUUUUUAAGAUAUUAAUAUAUGAAUAUAUAGAAUAUAUAUAUAUUAUAUAUAUAUUAAAUGACAAUGUGUGUCGCUGCUAUCACCUACAAACAAGUAAACGAAGACGCUGCUUGGCGUGUGAAUGGGAUAUAUUUCAGUGUCACUGCACCUGGGCCUGUGAUUGGACAGAACGCAGUGAGGUAAAGCUUCACUGGAUCGGCCCGCUGUGGAUUCAUAUUUAAAGACUCGGAACGAAUGUCCAUGACAACCUCCAACCCUUUAUAUGAAUAGUUACAGACUGUCAAUCAAAGGAGAGGAAGUGACAUAAUAGCGAUUCUUUCUGGGUCCAGGCAUGGGAUACAAAUGCCGAACUAUCUCUUUCUGUGAUGUCACUCUUACUAGGAUGAAGUCUUAGUCAAAAAGACACCUGUACUGACUAACAUCCAAUAGGACUUGGUGUGAUAAUACUAAAGGGAUAUUACAUGUAUGUAUACAUGGAAAUAAAAAAAAACGAUAAAUGUGACAAAAUGCAAAUUCUGACUUUUGCUAAGGAACAAACUCGUUCCGUUCACCGCAGUAGUAAAAGAAAACUCAACUAUUUAAGGUCCGUAACGUUUUCCAAAGAGAAUACUGCACAUGACUUUAGGAGCUGUUCAUUAUCACACAAUAUCUGUAUAUACAUAUCUAAUAUCCCUUUGUGUAGUUCACUACAUCUAAUUUAUAAUGUUAGAAUAUGUUCAGUAUUCUGUGUAUUUAAUUUGAUCUAUUUAUAUGCAGUGUUAUUGUUGAUAUUGUUUCGCUUUGUUUCCUAUCGACAUCGUCACCAAUCUGAAAAACUGUGGACGGCUUUUAUAGAACGAAAGACAAAAGAGAGACAAACACUUCAACAUUCCUGAAAGCGCCUUUUUUAGUUCAUUUGAACGUUUUUGUAUCAGCGAUCAGUUUGGUGGAGACACAAAACCUGCGGACGAGGAUUUGUGAUCGAAAAACAAACAUUCUUUUUGCGUGAAAGUGCCAGAAAUGAGUUAUUUGUUUGUUUGUUUGUUUGCCAUGUACAGCCACAUUUUCAGUAUAUUUUCACAGUAAUAUAUUUAUUGGUGCUGUUAAAUAUUAACAUCCUUUUGUGUUUUUAGUAUAACUAUUAAACAUAUUUAUUUUCAAAUGAUAUUGUUUUUUAUUAAAGCAAAAAUGGAUUUAUGUUUGGUGAGUGUGCGGUUUUUGUCAGUCCACAAAUGCAGGCGCAUGCACUGACAUUGUAUAUUUAUAAAAGAAAAGAAAAAGAAAAAAAAAAGAAUUAUCCCCAUAUACACUCACUGUAUACAACAAAGCAUCUGCAGAAAUAACUGCAAAUGGCACAUUAAGACUAGUCGCUGUAAAGCAAUAAAGACAAU